AUGAAACCUCCAUAUUCUAAUUUGCUGAAAGAAGCUGGCCCUGACCAUUAUUAUGAUCUAUUGGUGCCUGAAGAAAUUCUUGAAAUGAUUGCUGAGCAGACAAAUUUGUUCGCAAGUCAAAACAUCACAGCCAGGCAAACAAAGCCUGGAUCAAGGUCUCAUUCAUGGAAGCCAACAAACAAGACAGAAAUAAAACAGUUUCUUGGGCUGGUCUUGUUUAUGGGCGUAGUAAAGCUGCCGAAAUUAGCUUAUUAUUGGAGCAAAGACAAGAUACUUGGACAAACUUUUCCAGCCACCGUUAUGAGUAGGAACCGCUUCGAGUUACUACUGCAAUACCUACACUUUAGCAACAAUUUAUCUGUCGACAGAAACGAUCGUAUUGCCAAAAUAAGACCUUUAAUCGAUGCUCUCAAUGCUACUUUCCAGAAAUAUUAUUCGCCUAAAGAAGAUGUUUGUGUGGAUGAAAGCUAA